AUGGCCACAUACGAUGAAGAAUCUAUGAGACAAGAGAAAUUAUUCGGCUCUAGUGAAGAGGAGGAGGAAAUGAGCGACCUUGAUGGUGAUCAAGCAUCUGAUACCGAGGAGCCUGUCAGAUCAACCCACAUCGAAGAAGAAGAAGAAGAAAAAGAGCAACAAGAGGUGCAACAUGACGAAGAAGCACCCAAGCCCAUCACAAAGCUACCAUCUUUCAAAAAAAAGCAUAGAGACGUUGACGAUGAGGAAAAUGCUCGCUUAGAAGAGGUCCGCCGUGAAAUUCGUGAAUUAAAGAACAAUUCGUCUCAUCACAACAGCGCUGAUGUUAUUGAAGACGAGGAUGAGGCUCCUAUUGAUCCUCGUCAAGCUUUGAGAGAUGAAAUUGAUAGAGAGUUUGCCAAGGCUUUGAAGGGCGGCAAAAAGAAGAGAAAGAAGCAGGAUGGUGAAGAUCUUGAAAGUUCUAUGGAUGAGGAAUUAUCCAACUUGAGAGAGCGCAUGAGAAAUGCCUCAGAGGAAGAUGCUGUUGCUAAUGGAGAGAGACGAGCUGCCACAGCAAAGUUGAAGAUGUUGAAUGAAGCUACCACGAUGCUGACAAACAAGCAUUUGCAUGAUGCGAUCUUGGAUAACGGUCUUUUGGAGAUGAUAAGACUAUGGCUUGAGCCUUUACCUGAUCGUUCUUUACCUAGUUUGGAUAUUCAAAGUGAAAUGCUUGAUGUUUUGGACAAACUGCCCAUCGCAGGUGAUCAUUUGCGCGAAAGUGGAGUUGGUAAAAUCGUCUAUUUCUAUACCAAAUCGCCUCGUAUCGAACCCACCAUGAAGAGAAAGGCUGAUCAAUUAGUAGCCAAAUGGAGUCGAUUGGUUAUCAAGCGCAGUGAAAACUACAAGGAACGUCGACCAGCUGUCCAAGAGUACAGACAAGAAGAUGCACUUCAUCAAAGAAAGAGAUACAGACGUCCUGCUGAAGAACCAGAGGAAGACAAACAAGAGAAUAGACAUUUUGUUCGAGUACCUCAAGCUGUGGCCGCAGAUUACGAUGUUGCACCUCAGAGUACUGUUAGAACCGAUAAAAACAGAAACUCUCGACCUGAUAAUACAUUCAGAAGAUUAAACAACACAAUGCGUUCUAUCAAGACUGGACCCAAAAGAACUACACCCAAGGUGUCUAUUGAGGGAAAGGGAAUGUCUUUCUAA